AUGUCGGAAUUUCUGGAAGAUCCGUCCGUCCUUACUAAAGAUAAGCUUAAAAGUGCACUCCAGGCGAACAACGUUCCUCUGCCGAAUGGGGACCAGAGGAAAGACGUUUACGUGCAGCUGUAUUUGAAAAAUUUGACCGCGCAAAACAAGAAGAACCCCUCACCAGAUGCCUUUUCCAGCGACGAGGAAUUGCCAGCCCCCGUGGUCUCCAACAAAAGUCGCUCUGGGCGGAAAGCCACAAAGAAGACUGACAAGCCACGGCCAGAGGAUGUGGAUGUCAUGGAGCUGACCAAUGAGGACCUGAGAGAUCAGCUCCUGAAAUACGGAGUGAAAACUGGUCCCAUCUUAGCAUCUACCCGUAAAGUGUACGAGAAGAAACUGCAGAAGUUGUUGGAUCAAGGUCCUCCUGAGGAGGUGGUUCUAUUGGCUGAGUCCACUAAAGCAGACAGCAACCAGAAUGGCAACACCGAUUCAGACCAGUACAGCGACAAGGAAGAAGACCCUGCUCCAGAGCCACAGCCUGAGCCAGAACCAGAACCCGAGCCAGAACCCGUACCUGUAACGGCAAGACCGCUGAGGAGCAGAGGGAAGACCCCAGUCACCACCAGAAACCGCAGCAGCCAGCACAACAGGGUGGAGAAGGUUUCUGCUGGCGAUCACAGCUCCAGCGUCAUUGAGAAGGAUAUAUUGAAAGAGAUGUUUCCUAAUGAGAUCAGUACCCCCACUGGGAUCACUGCCACGCGUCGGCCCCCAAUCCGUGGAGCAGCGGGCCGGCCCAUCAGCGAUGCUUGGUUAGAAGAGUCACGCGUGUUACUCACAGGGCUCAGGGAAACAAGCUUCACCCACUCAGAGAGCCGCUCUGUGCCUCACUUGGCCACAUCCCGCCCCACAGCGCCCCCUAGUGAGCCGAGGCGAGCGCGCCGCUGGUGCUCUGUGUGGGUGCAGCUGUUGCUGUUUAGCGUUCUCGCUGGCUUCCUGUUCUUGGUGUACCAGGCCAUGGAGACGAACGAGCUCAACCCCUUCAACAGCCUGGGCAUCAUCAUCAGCAGCAGCAGCGACAGUGCAGGCGAAACCAGCAAAUGA